CAUCAACUUGCGACAAAAACAGACGAAUCGGUGUGAAAAAGGGCAGCCCAGAGAAUUCUUAGUUUUAUCCGAGUGAAACGUUUGUGUUUGUUUUACUUUUUUAAUAAUACUUUUAACAAGUCCUAUAGGUUUCACGCCUUUUUAAAAAAUAUAGAUAUUGGUUUUUGAUUCAGUCAGCAGUUUCUGCUUCCAUGUUCAGUUGCUUAACGUUGCGUAGACCUCCUGCAGGGGCGCUGUUACUGGUGUCAGACAAAGUAGAGUAUCGUAAAAUCUAGAAGCUUCUGUAUUUUUUAGGUGCGUGAAGAUGUUGUAGGUGCUGCAGAAAGUAAAAGUGCGAUGCUGACAUACGGCCAACAAGUGUGGCAUGUAACGAUAUUACAAAACUGGAGAGAUUCGAGGAAGAAUUGAGCAAUGUUUGGGUGUUUGGUCGCAGGGAGAUUGGUGCAAACUGAUGUGCAGCAAGUUGCAGAGGAUAAAUUUGUGUUCAAUCUCCCAGAAUAUGAGAAUGUCAACCACAUAGUUGUGUUUAUGUUGGGGACUGUACCUUUUCCUGAUGGAAUGGGAGGAGCUGUGUAUUUUUCUUAUCUUGACACAAAUGGCGUUCCAGUAUGGAAGCUCCUGGGAUUUAUCACCAAUGACAAGCCAAGUGCCAUCUUUAAAAUAUCUGGUUUGAAAACUGGUGAAGGAGGACAGCAUCCAUUUGGAAUGAUGGCUCUUCCACAGACUGCUUCAGUUGCUCAGGUUGGGGUGUCUAUUGAGCCUUUAGAGCAACUGAUUCAGCAGACUCCAGUGGCUAGUGCAGCUGUAUCUGCAGUUGAUUCAUUUACACAGUUUACUCAGAAGAUGUUAGAAAGUUUGUGUAACUUUGCUACUUCUUAUGGAGUUACACAAUCUCAGAUGACACCAAAUUCCUCAGAGAUCUUCAUUCCUGCUAGUGUUGUUAUGAAAUGGUAUGAAAAUUUUCAAAGAAGGAUGGCUCAGAAUCCAAAUUUCUGGAAAACAUAGGAAUGUGAACUUUUUAUAUUGCUAAAUUAAAAUAAAAUGAACUAAACAAAUUCUAAGAAAAGAUUUCAGAAUUUAACAUGCUUUAUUGUAUUACAUGUUGAAUGGAAAAAUGAUUUUUGAGCUCAGAUGACUGUUAAUUUGGGCACAGCUUCCCUCAUGCAAUGUAAACAAAACACUUGUUUCUGUUUACAGGUUUCUAUAUUUUCCCUUCAUAUUAUUCAAGUGAACUGUAUUCGAACAUUUACUUUUUCUCAUGUUUACUAAAAACAUUAGAUUCCAUUGCUGCCUUGACCAUUCUUAAAUUGUAGGUUUUUCCAUUUCAGAUGCAUUCAUGAAUAAACCAGAAUGUUUGAUUUUUAUUUAAUUUGGCAAUAAAAAUCAUUGAACUUUA